AUGUGUCACAAAUUCAACAGAAACAAUAUUUCUGUUUGUCGAAAUGACAUAUCGCCAACGGAUGAAUCUAGUUCACUGUCCAGCAAACAAGAGGAGAAUUCGAUCUGUGAAACGAAAGAGUCAUUUGCGUCAAGCUGCAGAUCGUUCUCGGCGUGUUACAACAUCACAGAGCAAUCAGAUCCUCUGGCCGAAGAGAUGUUUAAACAGUUUCCCAGAACACAAUACACAAACGAGUCUCGCAGACACUGGGAAAUGAUGGUGCAUUGCGAGAGGGCCGCGUUUCCAAGGGCAGCGUCGAAUUUGCCUCUGCCCUCGAGGGAGGCCCGUUUCUACUGGCACUUAUACUCAACCGCAGUGAAAAAUUCGCACUUCUACCAGAGACAAGUGAAUCACGCUCUGCUCGUUACAUUGGCCAAACUUUUGCAUAGCCAAAAACGCAAGAGAGGCAUGAGCGUUUGGGCACAAUUAAUCCGUUUGCAAACGUUCGAUCGAAUUGGUCGAAAAAAUUUAAUAACACGUCCAGAACGACUCAUCCACAAACAAACUAGAUUGGAAUCUAUUUGUCUGGAAGGUUUAUCGUUAACGCCGGACGAACGUGUACGACUACUAUUGGCACUGUACAACUCCCGUAAAACAAUGAAAUAUGUGCAUUGUUGGCGCGCGUUCGAGAAAAUGGUAAGCCUCGCGGGAGAUGCUGACUAUCACGGUGAAUCAAGAUUUUACGCAGACAAAAGAAUCAAGAUAUGCGAUUGGUUUCGCGCAAUCGGCUGUUUAGAGUUUCUCACCACCCUAUCCGUAAACUACGCGUAUAUAGCGACACCCACGGGAGAUCUGCUUGUCAGUUUGGCCAAAAAACUUCGAACGAAUUGGCACUGGUUGCAGCUAUUGUGUUUAGAAGAAGAAAUUUUGCAAAAAACUCAAAAUGGACAUGAUAUUGAAACAAUCGUGAUACCAGAUGCAGCUUGGAGAACAACUCAUUUUUGGGCACCGAAACUAAAAGUACAAUAUGCUAUUAUUGGAAUACCACAAUAUGAUGUUCACAAGAAAUUUUUCACGAAGCAAACUCGGAUACAUACUUUCGCACUGUCGACGAGUAUCAAUUUGAGAUUUCGACAACCGUGGUACCUCGAUUGCACGAUUAAAACACUUUGUGCGUGGUAUUCGAAUAGUUUAGUAUACUUAUGCCUGCAGUUAUGGCACAAUCGACAGAAUUUGGAUAAUCAACUAAGACAUCUCUUCAUUUACUUACCAUCACUACGAUUUUUCGAAUUUGUCGGUGAAAUUCGAACGUUGAAAACACUUUGUGCUAUAUGCUGUCAAAUACGAUCUGGCCGUUGCAAUGUUCAUCGUGUUAAUAUGCAACUUCAAGAUGUUAUACACGAUAGUUCAGAUAAAGAAAAAUGGAUCAAGUGCGUAAGAUGUAUGAUGCUUUGUUUUAAACACGAUUUUGACAGAAUGGGUGUUAAAUUUGAUAUCAACUUUUAUUGUUGCUGA